UCUUUCCUAGUUCCUUGUAAUACCUGUUUUUGUUUAUUAAAGUUUAAAUAGUUUUGUGUUUCUUGGAAGUUUGUUGUUUGAUAUAAACUUACAAUAAGUCCAACAACAAACAUGAAUUUGCAAGCUAUUGGAGGAGAUGGUUUUUCUUUAUCUUCUUCUAUUAGAGGAUUUUCUCAUCAAAAACAUCUUCAUCUUCAACAACAACAACCUAGUAAUGUCAAUAAUAAUCCUAAUCAUCCUCCUCCUCCUUCCAAGAAGAAGAGAAAUCUCCCGGGAACACCAGAUCCAGAUGCAGAAGUGAUAGCAUUAUCACCAAAGACACUAAUGGCAACAAAUAGAUUCAUAUGUGAAAUAUGCAAUAAAGGGUUUCAAAGGGAUCAAAACCUUCAACUCCAUAGAAGAGGACACAAUUUACCAUGGAAACUAAAACAAAGAAGCAAUAAAGAAGUAGUAAAGAAGAAGGUUUACAUUUGCCCUGAAAAAACAUGUGUACAUCAUGACCCUUCAAGAGCUCUUGGUGAUCUUACUGGUAUUAAAAAACAUUUCAGCAGAAAACAUGGUGAAAAAAAAUGGAAAUGUGAAAAGUGUUCUAAGAAAUAUGCUGUACAAUCUGAUUGGAAAGCUCAUACUAAAACUUGUGGUACUAGGGAGUACAAAUGUGAUUGUGGUACACUCUUUUCCAGGAAAGAUAGUUUUAUUACACAUAGAGCUUUUUGUGAUGCUCUUGCUGAAGAAAGUACAAGUACAAAUACAAUUGCUCCGUCAAGUACUCUAAGUUUCAAUACUGAUCCUACUAACAAAUCUAUGCUUAAUAAUAGUGGGUUUGUUAGUCAAGGACUUGAUCAACAUCAUGUCCCUGGAAUUUCACACUUCAUCAAUUCAGGUUUUCGACCCCAUUUUACCAACAUGGCUCCUGCUAAUCUCACUUCAGGUUUACCUGCAGAAAUGAUUGAAAUGGCAACUACAACAAACCUUUUAAACUCAUGUUCAACCCCAAAUGUGAGCUCAUCUUUCUCACUUACACCAAAAGAGAAAGGAAAAAACAACAACAAUAACACCAACUUGGUUCAAACCUUAGGUUCAUUAUAUUCACACAACCAAACAAACUCCAAUACUUUAACUCCCAUGUCCGCAACUGCACUCCUUCAAAAAGCUGCUCAAAUGGGUUCCACACGAAGCAACAAUAACUCAUCUUUUCAAGGAACAUCCAUGGGAGUUCCUGAAGCUUUCUCGGGUUCUGAAAACAUUAGCAAUGGCGAUGGGAGGUUCGUUGGGAGCUCAACUGUUGGGUCAUCUAUGGCGGCAACAUCAGUGAGUAAUCUAAGUCAAUUGAUGAUGAAUCCCAAUAUGGUUGGUACAAAAACACAUAAUGAUUCGGGAGCAAAUGGGCUAACUAGAGAUUUUCUUGGUAUGAGACCAAUUGGAGAUGGGGGUACUAGACCGUUUUUACCUCAAGAUUUAGUUAGUUUUGGUUCUAUGAGCUCAAGUAUGGGACGAUUUGAUGUUGGUUUUGGUAAUAAUUAGGUUUAUAUGAAGAUUACAGGGUUAAUCUGGGAUAUUAGUAUAGGGUGAGUUGAACAGCUGUAUUUGUAAUAUGCAUGUGUGUUGAACCAAUGAUUUGAUAUUAAUUGGAGUUUUGAUCAAAUGACUUGAUCGAGUAAUAGGUAUGCAGGUUCGAGUUUAGAUUGCCCGGGAGUCUAGCUAAGUAGCUAGUAAAUUACAAACAAAACUAAGCAGCAUCGGUAAUCAUGUCUAGCUACCUCGUUCGUGGAGUAAAAAUUGCAUAUUUUAUAAGGUUGUGUUUGAGAAGAAUUAUUUAAUUUCAAAUUGUAGAUUUUAAUUAUGAAGUUACAAAUGAAGAAUUGAGAAUGAGAAUGUUUGAAAAGUAAUUCUCAGAUUCUCAA